GGACAGACAAGCACUCGAGGUACCAGGCGCUGCUUCUGCAGUCCCGGUCCUGCACAGCAGAUGGCGCCAGAGCCCAGCUGACUCGCUCGCGAAGCCCGCCGGCUGCGGUGUGGGACAGGCCAGCCGUUCUCUGGCCCAGAGCAGUCCAGGUGGCCGCUGAAGUUGGGGAGUAGGGAGGACCCGCCAGCGGUGCCGCGCGUCGGCUUUGGCCGCCCCGCAGGUUGGCCAGGGCUGCGCGGCCGCCUCGGACCGGACGGCAGGAGCUGAAGUUCUACGGGACGUUGGUGCGCCCCCGGGACAGUUCCACUGCGCGUGCAGCCUCCUCUUCGGCGGUGAGGUCACAGCCCCUGCGAACCCGCCCUCCCUCUUCCCAGCUGUCCCACUCCCGGGGCGCGGAGGACUGAGGAUGAGAGGAUAGCGCACGAGUGGAGAGGGAGCCCCGGGGGCCCUCGGAAAAUGAGGCCGCAGCCCCUGCUGCAGCUCGCGCUGCUGCUCGCCCUGCCCUGCCGCCCGCGGGGGCGGGAAUGCCCGUCUCCGACGUGCGAGUGCCACCAGGAGGACGACUUCAGAGUCACCUGCAAAGACAUCCACCGCAUCCCCAGGCUGCCGUCCAGCACGCUGACGCUGAAACUUAUAGAGACUCAUCUGAAAACCAUUCCCAGUCGUGCAUUUUCAAAUCUGCCCAAUAUUUCCAGGAUCUACUUAUCUAUAGACACAACUCUGCAGCGGCUGGAAUCGCAGUCCUUCUACAACUUGAGUAAAAUGACUCACAUAGAAAUUCGGAAUACCAGAAGCUUAACUUACAUAGACCCUGAUGCCCUAAAAGAACUCCCCCUCCUAAAGUUCCUUGGCAUUUUCAAUACUGGACUUAGAAUAUUUCCUGACCUGACCAAGGUUUAUUCUACUGAUGUAUUCUUUAUACUUGAAAUCACAGACAACCCUUACAUGACUUCAAUCCCUGAAAAUGCCUUUCAGGGACUGUGCAAUGAAACCUUGACGCUGAAACUGUACAACAACGGCUUUACAUCAAUCCAAGGACAUGCCUUCAAUGGGACAAAGCUGGAUGCUGUUUACCUAAACAAGAAUAAAUAUCUUACAGUUAUUGACAAAGAUGCAUUUGGAGGUGUGGACAGUGGACCAACCUUGCUGGACGUGUCUUACACCAGUGUUACUGCACUGCCGUCCACAGGCCUGGAGCACCUCAAGGAACUGAUAGCAAGAAACACUUGGACUCUGAAGAAACUUCCACUUUCCUUGAGUUUCCUACACCUCACACGGGCUGACCUUUCCUAUCCGAGCCAUUGUUGUGCUUUUAAAAAUCAGAAGAAAAUCAGAGGAAUCCUUGAGUCACUGAUGUGUAAUGACAGCAGUAUCCGGAGCCUGCGUCAGAGAAAAUCUGUGGAUACCUUGAAUGGCCCCAUCUACCAGGAAUAUGAAGAGGAUCCCCGAGAGAGCAGUGUUGGGUACAAGGAAAACUCCAAGUUCCGGGACACUCACAGCAACUCACAUUAUUACGUCUUCUUUGAAGAUCAAGAAGAUGAAAACACUGGUUUUGGCCAGGAGCUUAAAAAUCCCCAAGAAGAGACCCUACAGGCCUUUGACAGCCAUUAUGACUAUACUGUGUGUGGAGACAAUGAAGACAUGGUGUGUACCCCCAAGUCAGAUGAGUUCAACCCCUGUGAAGACAUCAUGGGCUACAAGUUCCUGAGAAUUGUGGUGUGGUUUGUUAGUCUCCUGGCUCUCCUGGGCAAUGUCUUUGUCCUGUUCAUCCUCCUCACCAGUCACUACAAACUGACUGUACCACGCUUUCUCAUGUGCAAUUUGGCCUUUGCAGAUUUCUGCAUGGGGAUAUACUUGCUUCUCAUCGCCUCCGUAGACCUCUACACUCACUCUGAGUACUACAACCAUGCCAUUGACUGGCAGACAGGCCCCGGGUGCAACACAGCUGGUUUCUUCACUGUCUUUGCGAGUGAGCUGUCGGUGUACACACUAACAGUCAUCACGCUGGAACGUUGGUACGCCAUCACCUUUGCUAUGCGUCUGGACCGGAAGAUCCGCCUCAGGCAUGCAUAUGCCAUCAUGGUUGGGGGCUGGAUUUGUUGCUUCCUUCUGGCCCUCCUUCCUUUGGUGGGAAUAAGUAGCUAUGCCAAGGUCAGCAUCUGCCUGCCCAUGGACACUGAGACCCCUCUGGCUCUGGCAUAUAUUGUCUUUGUUCUGUUGCUCAACAUCAUUGCCUUUGUCAUCGUCUGUUCCUGUUAUGUGAAGAUCUACAUCACAGUAAGAAAUCCGCAGUACAACUCUGGGGACAAAGAUACCAAAAUUGCUAAGAGGAUGGCUGUGUUGAUCUUCACAGACUUUAUGUGCAUGGCCCCAAUCUCUUUCUAUGCUCUGUCAGCACUUAUGAACAAACCUCUUAUCACCGUUACCAACUCCAAAAUCUUGCUGGUUCUCUUCUACCCGCUUAACUCCUGUGCCAACCCAUUCCUCUAUGCUAUUUUCACCAAGGCCUUCCAGAGGGAUGUGUUUAUCUUGCUCAGCAAGUUUGGCAUCUGCAAACGUCAGGCUCAAGCAUACCAAGGCCAGAGAGUUUCUCCAAAGAACAGCACUGGUAUCCAGGUCCAAAAGGUUACCCAAGACAUGAGACAAGGUCUCCCCAACAUGCAAGAUGUCUAUGAACUACUUGAAAAUUCCCACCUCACUCCAAAUAAGCAGUGCCAAGUGUCAGAAGAGUAUAAGCAAACUGUUUUGUAAAACUGAUCCUUUGGUACACUCACAAUGGUAGGGAAACUUAGAAAACUCUAGUUUCUUGAACAUGCAUUCCAAUCCCAUGCCACAGUCAACACACAGCUGGCCUAACCCUUGCUCAGGAAAUUUUUCAAGGGGCAGGAUCUCAUCUCUGGAGAGUACUUUGUAUUACACUAAUCAUUGCCUCCAAGAAAGGAGACAGGCAACUAGUGGUAUAUCUGAAUUCCAGGUAACAUAAAAGCAAUCUAUACUCCCUGGAAGACUUUUCUUGAUGCUAAGUUCAGAGGUGACAUUGUGUAAGAUGUUCAACAAGUAUCAACUGAACAAUGUCAACAUUGACCUUCUUACUGUUAUAUAGCAUUUGUUCUAAAGAUUCAGCAAAUGAAAAAUGCUAUUAAUUUAAUUGAUGACCACAAGAUAAAAUCAGCCCCAGGUUGGCUCAAUUUCAUGUCCCCUACUACAAGAAAGUUUGAGUAUCUUAAAACUUAAAAGUGAAACACAACUAGAUGCCAUGCAUGGAACAGUUAUUAUUAGAUACGAUGGAAGGGAAAUGUCUAGCUUUGAGUUGUGGGUAGUUUUUUUUUUUACUCUGAAACUAUUAUUCAUCUCUUCCCAAGGAUCUAUCUGAUGUGACAUCGUUUUUAUGUGUUACCUGGAAAAACUGGUAAAUUUUCAAGUUAGGUGACCUAGCACACUAAGAAUUACUCUUACUGGCUAGCCUCACAGCAUAAAAGAUAUGAACUCUAGAAAGUAUUCCUAAGCAGCAACAACUGGGAAUGAUGGACAGAGCAUCCUCAGUCACUGUUGAUGAAUACAGCAGGCUGGACACCAGUUACCUGAGAGUCACUGUGUCGCAGAAGUUUGUUGAAGUAAACAGGCUCAAUGACCUCCUCCAGUUUUAAAAAUCUAUGUAUAUCCUUUUCCCUCAGAACAUGUUCCCCGGACAAAAAGAAAGAAGAGUACUAAGUAGAAUCCGUUUUUCCUAGCUUGUAGAACUGCUGACUCCUUCUCUUUGGCGCCUAGACAUACGACCCAGGAUAUGUUUUGUUUCAUUUUUGGUCACAAUGUUUGAGCCAAAAAUUUUAUUUAGUGACUAUGUUAGUUUGUUUGUAAAUGAUCUAAUUAGUAAUAUACACAGCUACAGUCAUCAGAACAAAACAGGUUGAUAUUUAUAUAACAAAAGUUGAUGUUGAAAAUUUUGGUUAUUUGGAGUUGCUGUGUCACAAUGUAGACUCUCUUCAAAACUCCUGUCGUCAGGGAUUCAUUUCUUUACCUAGCCAUUUCUAACCAUGCUAAAACUGUCAAGAGAGAUUUCUUCUUUUCUGUAACUGCCAACUCUUCCCAACAAAGUUCAUCACUGGACGUAAAACCUCUACUCCCCAACAGGACUUCCUGAUGUGAACUAGGAACUUCAUCCCCAGAGGGGUUCUCCAAGUUAAAAGUCACAAUAGCCUCUUUAUUUACUGUUGGUGGAAUCUCCAAGCAAAGGUGGCAUUUGCUUCUCAGAGCUCAUGAACCACACCAUGAAAUCAAAAUCCUUCUGUCGUUUUAAGUCUGGGAUGGGGGAUGGGUGUUUUAGGAGUAGGGUGAAUGGGCCACCAGAUGUGGUCCCCACAUGAUUCCCCUGGAAUUUCUCUGCAGUAUAUCCAUUCCCGAUUAGUGUUGAGACUUGCUUGUCCUAACAGACAAACUAUAAACACCUAAAAUCAUGACUUCCAGUAUUUCUCUGCAAUUACUGAAGUUAAACAGAUGUGUUAGCUUGUGGCAUGCAUUUCUCCCCUGUAACAUUCUGAAAUAUCGCAUCUUGAUAAAUGAUGUGUUUUCAGUAGCUGAACUAAUUCUAGGAAACAAAGUCCUAGAAAAAAUCACUUAAAUAGAAUUGUUACUAAAAUUUAUGUUCACAGUGCAAAAUAAAGUUCUUGUAAAAUGAUUUUGUUCAGUCCUAGUGAGUUGGGUGUUUUAUUUAGGUGCAACUUCUUAGUUUCUUUGAGGAUUAAUUACACUUGUUAAAACUAAAGAGGGGAAAAAGCAAUUGAUAUAUUUGCUAGUGAAUCCAAAUUAAUCAAUUGUUGACUAUCAAUGACUAACUUAUGGUUGAAAAAACUUACUGUUCACGAGUGGGAUUAAGAUUCAUUGAUAGGUCAUGAUGCUAAGAGGUUAAAAAAAAAGUAAAACAAGGUAUCAAGCAAGCGAUUAGUAUUGACAUUAAGUAUUCAAAUAGUGCUCCAGUGAGGCUAAUAAAUCUGUAGGUCCUCUUCAGAGUUCAUUUUACCUGGCAUCUUUCAAUUAACAGAAGAAAUUCAAAUCAGUGAAAAUGAAAUCCCAUAGGCUAAUCAAAAUAGAUGUCAUGAAAUCCAUACCCUAAAGCUCAUACAUGAUGCUCAAAGAAUGUCUCACAAACACCCUCAAAGUCCAUCAAUUCUUGGGGCUGGUGUUGGGUAUAGUGGGCAAAGCUACCACCUGCGACAGCAGAGUCCCAUAUGGUACCAUUUCAUGUCCUGGAUGCUCUACUCCUAUUCCAGCUCUCUGCUAAUGGCCUGCUAAAACAGUGUUUGGGCCCCUGCCACCCACAUGGGCAAACUAGAUGAAGCUCCUGACUUCUGCCUGACCCAGCCCUGGCUGUUGCGGCCAUUUGGGGAGUAAACCAGAAGAUGGAAGAUUGAUCUAUCUGUGUCUCCCUCUAUCCUGUAACUCUUUCAAACAAAUAAUAAAUUCUUUAAAAAAGAAAAAGUCCAUUGACUCUUACUUUACUGCACAACAGAAGUAGCCAGUUAGAAAAGAAGAGUAUAGGAGUUUGGUGCUGUGGCAUAAUGGGCAAAGCACAGGCAUCCCAUAUGGACACAGGUUCGACUCCUGGCUACUCCACUUCUGAUCCAGCUCUCUGCUAAUGGUCUGGGAAAGCAGCAGAAGAUGGCCCAAGUGCUUGGGUCCCUGCACCUGUGUGGGAGGUACAAAAGAAGCUCCUGGCUCCUGGCUUCAGAUCAGCUCAACUCUUGCUGUUGCAGCCAUCUGGGGAGUGAACUAGCAGAUCAAAGAUUUCUUUCUCUGUCUCUGCCCCUGUCUAUCUGUAACUCUGCCUUUCAAAAAAUAAAUAACUCUUUAAAUAAAAGAAGAGGAGGAGGAAGUGGAGGA